ACCCCUUUUUGCCCUAAUUAGUGUGCUUUUGCUCUGGGAGGCUGCGGAGGCCUGGUGUAGCCCUGGGAAGGGAAGCAUUAACAUGGAUGAGCAAACCUGGUAGGAGAACCUGGUAUAAAUACCUGUACACGCCAUGCAUGUGUCACACAGUUGGCCUGUACUGGCAGUGUAGGUGACCACAGAGACAUCAGGACAGAGAUAGACAGAGAGACAUGAGCUGCCAGGCCUUCAGCAGUACUGACUCUUUCAGCGCUUUGAGUGGCGAUUCAGCUGCUCUGCCUCUGCUUAUGCACCAUGCUGGAACUGCUGACUGCCUUCCCGUCACCAGCCACACCACCAACAUUGUGCCUCCAGUUCCCUCUGGCCUGCCCUUGGUCCAGUCGUCCAAGCGCUCUCACAUGCAUCUGUCCACUUCUGCCCUGAGCAACGCCUCAGCCGGCCUGCACUACUCCAUGCCUCCAUGUCACUAUAGCAACCAGCAGACCACCUACGGCAUGAUGGCAGCACAGGAAAUGCUCUCAGCCAGCAUCUCUCAAACACGCAUCCUGCAGACUUGUAGCGUCCCACACAAUAUGGUCAAUGGACCCAACUCACUUCAAGGUGCCCUGGCUCCAUGUCUGUAUAAGUUCCCUGAGCACAGUCUGGCUGGAGGUUCGUGUACUCUGUCCCACAGUUUCUCUACACUGCCCCAGGCCCUAUUCACAGAUGAGCCCACCCUGGGAGACAUCAAACAGGAGCUGAGGAGGAAGAGUCGAGCCCCAGAGGAACCACCAGACAUGGACUCACCCCAGAUUCGUGAGCUCGAGAAAUUUGCCAAUGACUUCAAACUACGCAGAAUCAAACUUGGUGAACAAAAUGACAAAGUUGACAUUAAUACAAGAAAAUAUUGCAGAAAUAAAUCUAAUGUUGGAUAUGUUAAAAACCUCACAGGUUACACUCAGACUAAUGUUGGAGAGGCUCUAGCAGCUGUACACGGCUCUGAGUUCAGUCAGACCACCAUCUGCCGCUUUGAGAAUCUACAGCUCAGUUUCAAAAAUGCUUGCAAGCUGAAGUCCAUACUUGCCAAAUGGUUGGAGGAGGCUGAGCAGGCUGGUGCAUUAUUUAACGACAAAAUGGGACUUCAAGAACGCAAACGGAAGCGAAGAACUACCAUCAGUCUAGGGGCAAAGGAAGCAUUGGAGAGGAAUUUUGUGGAGAAGAGUAAGCCAUCCUCACAGGAGAUUGUGCGCAUGGCAGAAGGUCUCCAUUUGGAGAAGGAGGUGGUGCGUGUUUGGUUCUGCAAUCGCAGACAGAGGGAGAAAAGAGUCAAGACAAGUCUACAUCACAGCUCUUUCAUCACCAAAGACACUGUAGGUAGACAUGAUAGAUGAUGAUGAUGUGUUAAAAAGCUACUCUGCUCAGGCUUAGACCAUUUACCUCUUAACUCUUCAGACAAUCAAAGUAACUUUGUGUCAUAGAGAAUGGAGAAAUAUUGUCUUGUUCAGAGUAUUACAUAUAGUGCAUACUGACAUUGUAUCGGGGAGAAAAAAGUCCCUGUUUUGUGAACAGGAGUGAAUGUAGUGCUCUGCCUGUACAGAAGUGACCCAUUUAAUGGAACAUAUGCAGAGGAAAUGCUGUAUAUCAUUAGCAUACUGUUGGGUUGCCAUAAUAUUUUCACAUCACGUUGACUCAUUGUGAGGUUUAAUUUUUAAUUAUUUAUUUCUUUUAUUUGAAUGAACAAAUGAUUCAUCCAAGUUUGUGACGAAGCAUUUCGAUGUAGUAAGUUAUUUA